AGAAAAGUGCCUUCUCCGCUCCCAUGCGCGUCCGCUGGUGCUGCUGAAUGACAUCUGCCUGGCGGGAAAGCUAAGAUCUUAAAAGAUCUGAAUGUUUAUUCAUAGAGGAGCCGCUGCGUGCGCCGCGCUGCUUCUCGCCCUCUCCCUGCCCUUCCCACCAUGUCAAGCGACCCGCCCACUGCGCCGCCAGACGUCAUGCCUCGGCUUCGCCCCCUGCGUCACACCGUCUUCGCCCAGGCGCCACCUGUCAGCAUCAGUACGGCCGAGGAGGCCUCUGUUAUCGAUGUCGGCCACUGCCGUCAUAGAUGCGCCGCCAGAAGAGGCAGAGCAGAGGGCGGCGCCACCCAUCCCAGCGCGCGACAAGCCCACAGGUCUUCCCCUUUCUCUGGUGGUUGGCAAUGAGCCGAUCAAGAUAGCCCUCCUGCUGGCGGCGGUCAACCCCCUGAUGGGCGGCGUGGCUAUCGGCGGCCGCCGGGGGACGGGCAAGAGCGUCAUGGCCAGGGGGCUGCAUCGGAUCCUGCCUCCGUUGGAGGUGGUCAAGGGCAGCUCCUUCAACAUCGACCCCAACAAGCCCGAGGAGGUGGAUGAUUUCCUCAAGGAGCAGCUGGCGGCGGAGAACAAGACGCUGGACCAGCUGGACAAGGACAUCAUCCCGACGCCCUUCGUGCAGGUGCCGCUUAACGUCAUGGAGGACCGCCUGGUGGGCUCGGUCGACGUCGAGGAGUCGGUCAAGCAGGGCAAGCCCGUCUUCGCGCCAGGCCUGCUUGCACGCGCACAUCGGGGGGUGCUCUACGUCGACGACCUCAACCUGCUCGAUCCCGAGCUGGCCAACAUCCUCCUGUCGGUCAUCUCGGACGGCUGGGUGCAGGUGGAGCGAGAGGGCAUUUCUGUGCGGUACCCGUGUCGCCCUCUGAUCGUCGCGACAUUCAACCCGGAAGAGUCGGAGAUGCGCGAGCACCUGCUGGACCGGCUGGCUGUGAGUCUGUCGGUGGACGCCACGCCGCUGACCGACUUGGAGAGGGUGCAGGCCGUCGAGGGGGUGCUCAAGUUCGGCAACUCCAAGCACAAUGAGCAGAUGCUCAGGGAGGCCGAGGAGGAAGAGGACGAGCUCAGGACCAGAAUCAUAUUCAGGUGGGUGCAUUCAUGACAAUGACACACACAUGCUGACUGACUGACCAGUCAGUCCAUCGGAUGGAUCACUCGUGUGUCUUUGUGUCCUGUCUGUCAGUCGCGAGUACCUAAAGCGCGUCAAGUGCACUCACGACCAGAUCAAGUACCUCUGCGAGGAGGCCGUCCGUGCCGGCGUGCAGGGCCAGCGCGCUGAGAUCUUCGCCUGUGAGGUCGCCCGCGCAUCGGCGGCCCUCGACAACCGCGACAGCGUCACAUCCGAUGACCUCAAGCUCGCCGUCAAGCUGGUCAUCGCCCCUCGUGGCGUGUUCCUGCAGCAGCCGGAGAACAUGAUGCAGCCGCCGCCCCCUCCGCCCCCGCCCCCCCAGCAGGACACGUCUGAUGAGGACACCGAGGAGGACAAGAAGGAGGACGAGAAGGACGAGGAUGAGAAGGAGGAGGACCAGAUGCCCGAGAUCCCGCAGGAGUUCAUGUUUGACGCAGAGGGGACGCCCAUUGACGAGGAGCUCAUCAACUUCGUCACCAAGCAGCAGAAGGGCAAGAGCGGCGGCAGGGGGCUCAUCUUCAGCCAGGACAGGGGCAGGUACAUCAAACCCAUGUUCCCAAAGGGCAAGGUCAGGCGGCUCGCUGUCGACGCGACCAUGCGGGCGGCCGCCCCCUACCAGCGGCCGAGGCGGCAGCGGGCUCUGAAGGACGACAAGAAGCGCUUCACCAGCAGCGGCAGGGAGAGGAAGGUCUUCAUCGAGGAGGCUGACGUGAGGGUCAAGCGCAUGGCCAGGAAGGCCGGCGCGCUCAUCGUCUUUGUCGUCGACGCGAGCGGCUCCAUGGCCCUCAACCGCAUGAACGCAGCCAAGGGCGCGGCCAUCUCUCUAUUGUCCAAGGCGUAUGAGAGCCGCGACAAGAUCUCCCUCAUCACGUUCCAGGGCACCGACGCAGAGGUGCUGCUGCCGCCGACCCGGUCGAUCGCCAUGGCCAAGCGGCGGCUGGAGACGAUGCCGUGUGGUGGCGGCUCCCCGCUGGCGCACGCCAUCAACGUGGCCGUCAAGACGGGCAUCAACGCGCAGAAGAGUGGCGACGUGGGCAAGGUGGUGAUAGUGUGCAUCAGCGACGGGCGGGCCAACGUGGGUCUCAACGAGAGUGUGGAGAAGGGGAGGGUCACUGAGAGCGAGAAGCUGGACAAGGAGGCUAUGAAGGCCGAGGUGCUCGACACAGCCAGGGCGCUGCAGGGGCUGCCCAACUUCCACCUGGUGAUGCUCGACAUGGAGAACAAGUUUGUGUCGACGGGGCUGGCCAAGGAGGUGGCCGAGGCGGCGGGGGGGAGGUACUACCAGGUGCCCAAGGCAACGGAGCGCUCUGUUACCGAUGUCGCCGUCGGCGCACUGGCUAUGGCCAGGUGAUCGAUGGCUGGCCGAAUGGAUGAGGGCAUGCUUGGGUGAGGGGCAACCAUCUGGCAAUGCAGAAGGUGUGGGACGGUGCUAUAAUUGCGUUGCGUGUGUGCAUGGUCAUGUGUAUGUAUGUAUUUUUGAUGGAUGAUACAUGCAUGAUCGAUUGUGCCUGCCGACGUGUCGAAGAUUGUUGUGUGGCUGUCUAUUGAUAAGGAUUCCAUGAAUGAGGGUUGGUCGAUA